GUUAUAAAAGGGAAAGCUCCUUCCACCCCCGGGCUCAAGAACAAUCAGUUAUCAAUGAGUCAACAUGUCAGGACAAUUGCUCUGAGCGCUGAAUUCAAUUUCAUAUUCAUUCCUAGAGUUGUCCAUCUGAAAUGGUUCUAUUUUAAUAGUAAAAUAUUGUUAUACCAAGCUGUGUGCGCUCUAAAAUACUAGCACUUUCAGGGGCGGCGGAAGGGGAGGGGCAGGGGGCAACGCCCCCCACUUUUCUGAGCGGAUGUUUCUUUAGAUAUAUAUGAACGUUUUUUUUUUAACCAUCGGGCUUCAAGCGGUAUAUAUGCUACCGACAACAACUUUGUUGAAAAGUUGAAAAUUCCCGCGCUCUUAUAAAUAGGAUUUGGAACCACCACUCUCCCCCCCCCCUGAAACCACUACCCACCCCAUUCCCCCAACUCCCCCCCCUACUUAUGGGACCAAUCUGCCGCCCCUGAGUUUCAUCACAGCGCGAGAGUUAUUUAUGCAGAUGCGUUGGAUUAUGGAUAGCGCAAAAUUUAAAAUGUUACACCGAAAACGUCAGUGGAAGCAAAAUCACUCAUUUAUUAAUCUCUUAAGAAAAAAUGUCUCGUUACCUGUGCAAAAAUAGUUUUAUUCCAGUCGACUGGGGCUCAGAGAUAAGCAAAUUUACAAGAGACUUAUAAUUUGUGAUUGCUAGCUUGGCAGUGUUAUGUUUAUAAUUGCAAAUUUGAGCCCGGGGGUGGGAGGAGCUAUCCCUUUCAUAGCGGAACCUCGUGUUUAAACUACUUUCUAGGAACCCGAUCCAGGACUUUGCCCAAACCAAGACAUAUCCCAGUCAUUCCGUUAACAUACAUAGACAUAUCCAACUUUCUGUUUUUAUAUCCAACUUUCUGUUUUUCACUGAAACAAAAAUAAAACAAAUUUUAUUUUCCCUGAUUUAGUAAUUAUCAAGUUAUGACAAUUUUAGUGUCGAACUGUAGACUUUCAAAAUCUGGAUUUUAAAUGACUCACUCCUAAAAAAAACGCUCAUAUUAUUACGCAUUGAGUGAUAUAUAACAGGCAGACCGGCCAUCGCCAAUUUUCUCGUGUGCAACGCAUUCGUAAAAGUACGGAAGCCCAUAGGGGCCAUGUCAGAUGCAAGAUGCACGAUAUUAUAACAUGUAAGAUGCAAGAUGUCAGAUGCAAGAUGUCAGAUGCAAGAUGUCAGAUGCAAGAUGUCAGAUGCAAGAUGUCAGAUGCACGAUGUCAGAUGCAAGAUGUCAGAUGCAAGAUGUCAGAUGCAAGAUGUCAGAUAUGAUAUGUGUACGAACACGUGGAUCAUUUGGAGCCUUCCCUAGAAGAGUCAUUGCCAUGUCGUAUUAUCUGCCAGCAUUUGCUAAUGAACAGGGACUUUCCCGAAAUGAUCUUGUUAAGAAGUACUUUCAUUUAGGUUUUGAAUACAAGGAAAUGUUAGCUCUAUUGUAUGUCCAUCAUGGCGAGACCCUGAGCCUCCGACAUUUGAAACGACUUCUACGUAAGAUGAACCUUAAGAGAAGGGAAGGGGUACCUGACCUCGCAACAGUCAUAGGCAUGAUAGAGAAUGAGCUAUUCGGAAGUGGAAACUGCAUUGGUUACAGACAAAUGCACCAGAGACUGCGAAAUGAUUACCAUCUACAAAUUAAUAGUUUCAGAGAAACUGUACGGAUUGCGUUGAGAACGCUUGACCCAGAAGGUACAGAACGCAGGAAAUCUCACAGACUGUUAAGACGGACCUACCGCUCGCAAGGUCCGAACUACUGUUGGCAUAUAGAUGGGUACGAUAAGCUGAAGCCGUUUGGAUUUUGCAUCCAUGGUUGCAUUGACGGGUACUCCAGACGAAUUAUGUGGCUGAGGGUGGCAUCAUCUAACAACGACCCCGCUAUAGUGGCCGACUACUUCGCUGGUUGCAUUAGAAUGAUUAAAGGAGUGCCGAGGCGCAUUAGAGCUGAUAAUGGAACAGAAAAUGUUAACAUUGAGGUGAUGCAAGUAUUCCUUCAUUUUGGUCUGAAUGACGAAGCAGCAGUUAACAAUUUUCAGUACGGAACAUCGGUUGCAAAUCAGCGGAUCGAAGCUUGGUGGUCUCAGUUAAGAAAAAGUAAUUCAGAUUUCUGGAUAACCUAUUUCAAGGACUUGAGGGAUAGGGGCCUUUUUGAUGAUAACGACUUGGUGCAGUGCUCUAGCCUCAAGUUCUGUUACCAGGGUUUAAUUCAAGAUGAGUUAGACAAAGUUGUAAAGCAUUGGAACACUCACAGAAUAAGACCUUAUCACAAUCAGGAAACCCCACCCGGAAGGCCGGAUGUAUUGUACAAUCUUCCAUCACUCCAAGGAACACAAGAUUACAAAAGUUGUAUUGACUUGGAUGAUGCCACUUUUUUAGCAGAAAAGUUGUGCAAGAAGCCAAACGCAUUUGGGUGCACAGAGGAAUUCUCUGAUAUGUUCAAGAUGCUCAUGGAAGAGCACAAUUUACAAAUGCCGAAUGAUGUCGUGGAAGCUGAAGAUUUGUAUGUUAAUCUUAUACAUUUAACGGAAGCUUCGUUAUAAACUUGUCGUUAGACAAACAUCGCUCGACAUCUUAGGGAACGUUAGAUAUAUCAGUCAGACAAACAGGAACAGGUCAUGAAGAUGGAUGAUAUUUAAUCCUACCUUUUAGCGUGAAAUGUAAGAUGGUACUAAAAACACCCUUGCAUUUCUCGAUACUAUUAAGGAAAAGUGGGUUUUCAUAAGUGCUGUGGCACACAUUUUUUUUUUGGUGGGGGGAGGGGGCGCAGCUAUUACACAACAUGUCGUUUUAUCAUUGCAAAACUGUAUGAGUUAUUUUCACCCGCUCGAUAAUUUGUCAUUGUCAUCUUAAUCGAGGUUAUACACCUCGGGUAUUCCUUGUUUUUGAGCGCAGAUGCCUAUUUUCCUCGAUAUGUGAAAAAAAAGGGGUUUUACAAAAAACUACGUUGACGUGCUUCUCCGCUACAGCCCUGGAAUCCGUUGUUCAGCGUCAAGGGGGCUGCACCACCAUAAUUAAAGACGUGCAUGUCAUGAGGAUUUCGAAAACCUUAGAAGAAAAGCGAAAAUUGUUUUUCAAGGAAAAAUCAGAGAUGUGUGUGUGUGGGUCUGGGGGAGGGGGGGGGGCAAGAAUGUUAAAUAACCGGGUACCAAUAUGAUGUAUGAAAUUUUUAUUAAAAAAAGUAACGAUGUAAAGCUCGCACAUAAGCUUCUCUUUUGUCAGUAACACCCACUGUUUUGUUUUAAGUCAUACAAUACACGUAGCUAUUUGACAUGUGCGUAGCUAUUUCAAUGAACGGCAGAGGCAUUCAUAACUGUAACAAAUAUAUAUAACAAAUCC